UCAAACAAGUCAACAGCUAGACCAUACAUUGAGUUUUUAGAGAGGACAGGAAUCUCAUUAUCAGUUGGACAAAUAAGAUGGUAUACAAAAUGUCUGAACCGAGUGUUUCUAAGGAUGGGACAGUGGAAACCAAGAUAUCUUCGGACUUGGUUUACUGCAGGAGUUGUCUUUGGAAUGGUCGCCAUGUUGCUGUCUGUAUGCCUGUUGACACUCAUGGUAUACAAUACCCUAACAAGACAACACAUAGAGCAACAAGUGUUAACUCCUGUGAUGCCUGGUGUGAAUCUUCCUAUGAACCAAAUCUUCUACUAUCUGCUGACUCUUCUUGUAUGUGGAAUUUUACAUGAAGUAGGCCAUGCAGUGGCUGCAGUCAGGGAGCAAGUGAGAGUAAAUGGAUUUGGGAUAUUCAUACUGGCUGUAUACCCAGGUGCAUUUGUAGAUCUGUAUACAGAACAUUUACAAGUGAUCUCACCAAUCAGACAGCUCAGAAUAUACUGUGCCGGAGUAUGGCACAACUUCAUUAUUGUUAUUGUUGCACUGCUAGUAUGGUUCCUUUUACCCUGGAUGCUGAUGUUGUUUUACUCCUCUGGUACUGGAGUUGCUAUAACAUAUGUAUUACAGGGGUCAGCAGUGUCAGGUCCAAGGGGACUGGUCACUGGAGACCAUGUAACCAGUAUAAAUCACUGUAGAGUGACCAAUGUGGAGGACUGGAUGCAGUGUAUUGGGCAGAGUAUGAAGGACCCAUCCAGUGGCUACUGUAUGCCAGUAGGAGAGAUUGGAGUACAGGAUGUGUCAUAUAACCAAAGUUGGCAUAAAAAUUCAUGGUACUUAAUAUUUCAGUUAAAACAUGCCUGCCUGCCUGCACGCAGUACAUCUGAUCGUUCUCCGUGCAGACUGCAGAGUGACUGCAGAAACCCCAAAGUCGAGACAGCGUGUGUCUACCCCUCACUGGAUAACAGCACCACAUUCCUCAAAGUGUACAGAUAUGGAAAGGCACCUUUGCUUUUUCUGGGUCAUCCACUGGACUUGCAUUAUUCAGUUCAUAUCAGCAACUAUGUUCCUGUGGGGGUCUUCAUACCAUUGAACAUGCCAUAUGUGAUUGAAACCUUUUGUCAAUAUUUAAUAUCAUUAUCCGGGGCUCUAGCAAUAUUGAAUGUGGUUCCAUGUUAUGCGUUAGAUGGACAGUGGAUAUUACUGGCAUUUAUUGAGUACACACUGAGGUCUACCAUACCAGAUAGUGACAUACGUGGGCUAAUCUACUCUGUGAUAAUUCUUUUUGGGACUCUGUUAUUGACAGCUAACAUUGUGAUUGCAAUGUGGACAUUGUUUGCAACUUAGUUUUUGUAAUCCUGAAAUUUUUAUAAUAAAUUUGUAAUCAUGGAAAAGCCAAAGUGGGAAUUGCAAUAUGUGACUCUGUUUUGGCUAAGUUCACACAAAAGAAAAAUAAUUCAACAGAUUUUCAUGAGUACAAACUCUCUCUGCUGCAGUUAGGCGGAUGAACCUUGGGUCAACAGCAUGAACAGGUAGAUGGGAUUUAACUAAAAUUAUUACAAGUCCAUUGUUAGUGUUUUUCUCACAGGAAAAGAAGUUCAUUACAAAUUAUACAAAGUGAGUUGAAUAGAAAAUUAUAUGAUUGAAAAGUGGUACUUCUCUGCUGACUGACGUGCAAUUUGUAAAAUAAUUUGUAAUAAGUAAGCAAUGCCAUGUGUGUGUUACCACAGUAAGUGUUAUAAUUUCAUUGCUUUUUUUAAAAUUAUUAACUAAUCAGUCUGUUGAGCUGUUAAUGUGACAUUUAUAACCUUUGAGUGUAGAAACUGCCUUCUGCCAAGCAAAUGGCAUUUUAAGCAUUUUUUCAAACAUUAACAUUUCUCAUUUCUUACUCAUUUAAAAAGAUUCUGUUUACCAUGUAACAUAAAGCCUGACUGCCUGUCAUUAUCAGCCUUCUAGUCUAGAUUUAGCAGUUGUGGAGCAUGAGGUUCCCACUGUGUAAAACUUGAAAACAACAGUAUUGACUUGAUGGCUGAGUUGAAUUUUUUCACUGCAGUGUUGUUUCUAGCAUUCUUUUUAUGUACAAAUGUGGAUAUGAACAAUCAUGUCAGCUGUUGGAACGUUGUAAUAGUUUUAGGAAAUUAUUGUUAUGACCAGAAUGCUUAAAAUGGGUGUAUGUACAUUUAAAGUAAGUUAUGUUAAACUUUGGUGUCAUAGAGGUGGCAGAGAAAUGAAGACAUUAAUCUUGAAUGUUGUAUAUAUAUGGUUCUUAAUGGCAUUUUCAAAAUGAAGAUUAUUUUACAUAUAAAGUAGAAAGAACAAAACAAGUGUAACAUUUCAAAUAUUUCACAAAUGCCAGGUGUAUUUAAGUCAGGUUGAAGACAUUCCAAAUGUUCAUAGUAAAAGUAGACCCAACAUUAUUUCUGGAGUAUUUUGAAAGACGAUUAAUAUUAGGCUACUCAUCCUGGCAGCAUACUGAGCAUUAUCCAAAUAGCAGGCAUGUGUGAAUUGUUUUUAAUUUUUAAAAAAUACCUACAAGCUGGAACUUGGACUACCUGGCAGUCUAAAUUACUUAAGUAUAUUAACUGUGUUCAACAGAGUCUUGUAUCUUACCUUCUCACAAGAAUACAUAAAACAAUUUUUAAAUGGAAGAUAGUGGACCAGCAUAUGUUUGCUCUACCCUCUUCAAAGGUUCUAUCUUUAAUUGACUUAUCUAAAUUGCAUGAAAGUAUUGGAACUGGAUGCCAGUCAGACAUUUAAGGUUAAUAUUGUUUGACCUAAUUUGUACAACCAUGUUAAUGGGAUAUUGUGAAAAUAUGGGGACCAUAAUGGUGGCAAUUAUUCCUUGUAAUAGAAGCACUUUUAAAGCUACAGUAACUUUUAUAAUUUGAAUAAAAAUGAAUAUGUUUUAGAA